AUGGCGUCCUCUUUAAAGAUCUGGGGCACUCUCUUGACCCUGCUUUGCAUCCUGUGCAGGCUGCUUGUACACAGAAAUGAUGUUUCCUGGAGAGAAUUCAUGAAACAGCACCACAUAAGUCCAAGCCGAGAAUUCAGUGAGUACAAAUGUAAUGUCCUCAUGAGGGAGCAAGAAGCUCUGAAAGGCAAGAGCUCUCAUGUGUUCAUCUAUAGCUCAUGGUACAGAAUUGAGCACAUGUGCAAUAACGGCAACUGGAAGGGCCGAUACAAAAAUACAUACAUAUGGUUCGAGGGUGGCCUCAAAGUACUCCAGUGUCACCAGGAGAAUGACAACAAUGGCUACACAGAGAGCAGAAGCUUCAGUUACAUUGAAUUCCACUGUGGCAUGGAUGGUUAUGUUGAUAGCAUAGAGGACCUGAAGAUGCUACAACUUAUCAGCGACUAG